AAGAGGGAGGUCUCUCCCAUCCCAUUUGUAAACCAGAUCUCUUACUUCCAAAAACCAAACCCACUUGAGAACCCUCCUGUAGUUUCUGAAACAAAAGUGAUUUUUAUAUAUAUACCAGUUUAGGAAAGUAGAAGAAAUGAGUAGUGGUGGUGAAGCCUACAGUAUGGAGGCGCAGUACAUACGGAGACAUCACAGCCACGACAUCGGAGACAACCAGUGCACCUCUUCUCUUGUUAAACACAUCAAAGCUCCUGCUCAUCUUGUAUGGUCAUUGGUAAGGCGGUUUGAUCAACCACAAAAGUACAAGCCGUUCGUCAGCAAGUGUACAAUGAAAGCGGACAUCGGAAUCGGCAGUGUUAGAGAAGUCAACGUCAAAUCUGGCCUUCCCGCCACCACCAGCACCGAACGAUUAGAGCUUCUUGACGAUGAAGAACACAUCCUAGGCAUCAAAAUCGUCGGCGGCGAUCACCGUCUCAGGAAUUAUUCCUCAAUCAUGACGGUCCAUCCCGAGGUUAUUGAAGGAAGGCCGGGGACAAUGGUGAUCGAGUCUUUUGUCGUCGAUGUACCGGAAGGAAACACCAUGGACGAAACUGGUUACUUCGUCGAGGCUUUAAUCCGAUGUAAUUUGAAAUCGUUAGCUGAUGUCUCGGAGAGGAUGGCAGCGCUGGACCAGACGGAGCCCAUAAACCGAUACUAAUUGAGUCGAGGCUUUUAACACUCUUUGUUUUUUGUUUCUCGCUUUCUUAGCUUUCCUUUUGACUUGGUAUGUAGUUCAUCUGUGAAGUGUGAGGUUCCCAACAAGUAGAAGAAGAUAAGUUUAUAUUGUCUGGUUAUCUGGUGGUAUGUACUUACGUAGCAGUGGUAUGUGGCCAUAUUUGUAAAUAUGUAAGAUUAAGAUCAGAGAUGGAGACUUUUAUUUCCA